ACCAAAAAAAAUAAUAAAAAAAGAAAAGAAAUAAUUAAUUUCAAUAAUAGUUUUAAUCUCUUCUUCUUAAAACAAUUGUUGAUAUUAGGAUUACAUAGUAAUCUCUAUUACUAUCAAGGAAUAAGUUUAACCCUCUUCCACCAAUCAUGCUUAGAGCAUUCAAAAGCGCUGCUCCUCGCGCUCAAUUAUUGAAAAGUCAAUUCAAACCAUUGAUAAAUCAAGGUUUAAGAAUUACUUCAACUCGUUAUUUAGCCACUGGCUCUGAUACUUUCUUACAAGGUAACAAUUCCAAUUAUGUCGAUGAAAUGUACGAUGCUUGGAAACAAGACCCAUCUAGUGUCCAUGUAUCAUGGAAUGCUUAUUUCAAAAACAUUGAAUCAAGCAAUAUUCCUCCAUCAAAAGCUUUCCAAGCUCCUCCAACCAUUGUUCCAACUGUUGCUGGUGGUACUGCUGGUUUCUUCUCCCCAGGUGCCAGUGCUAAUAUCAGUGAAGAUGUUGUUACUCAUUUAAAAGUUCAAUUAUUAGUUAGAGCUUAUCAAGUUAGAGGUCAUCAAAAAGCUAAAAUUGAUCCAUUAGGUAUUUCAUUCGGUAAUCAUAGUGAAGUUCCAAAAGAAUUAACUUUAGAUCAUUAUGGUUUCACUGAAGCUGAUUUAAAUAAACAAAUCACUUUAGGUGCUGGUAUUUUACGAAGAUUUGCUGAUGCUGGUAAAAAAUCUUUAUCAUUAAGAGAAAUUAUUGAUAAUUGUGAAAAAUUAUACUGUCAAUCUUAUGGUAUUGAAUAUGUUCAUAUCCCAUCCAAAGAACAAUGUGAUUGGUUAAGAGAAAGAAUUGAAAUUCCAUCUCCAUUUAAAUAUUCCACUGAUCAAAAAAGACAAAUUUUAGAUCGUUUAAUUUGGUCUUGUUCUUUUGAAUCAUUUUUAGCUACUAAAUUCCCUAACGAUAAAAGAUUCGGUUUAGAAGGGGUUGAAGCCACUGUUCCAGGUUUAAAAGCUUUAAUUGAUACUUCUGUUGAAUAUGGUGUUGAAGAUGUUGUCAUUGGUAUGCCACAUAGAGGUAGAUUAAAUAUGUUAUCAAAUGUGGUUAGAAAACCAAAUGAAUCAAUCUUUUCUGAAUUCACUGGUUCAAAAGAAUUCGAUGAAGGUUCUGGUGACGUUAAAUAUCAUUUAGGUAUGAAUUAUGCUAGACCAACUACUUCAGGUAAACAUGUCAAUUUAUCCAUUGUUGCUAAUCCUUCUCAUUUAGAAGCCGAAGAUGGUGUUGUUUUAGGUAAAACCAGAGCUAUUCAACAUUAUAAACAAGAUGUUGGUGAAUUCAAAAAAGCUAUGCCAAUUUUAUUACAUGGGGAUGCUGCAUUUGCCGGUCAAGGGGUUGUUUAUGAAACUAUGGGUUUUGCCAAUUUACCAGCUUAUUCAACUGGUGGUACUGUUCAUGUCAUUGUUAAUAAUCAAAUUGGUUUCACUACUGAUCCAAGAUUUGCUAGAUCUACUUUAUAUCCAUCUGAUCUUGCCAAAGCUUCUAAUUCUCCAAUUUUCCAUGUUAAUGCUGAUGAUGUUGAAGCCUGUAUAUUUGUUUUCGAUUUAGCUGCUGAAUGGAGAGCUACUUUCCAUUCUGAUGUUAUUAUUGAUGUUGUUGGUUAUAGAAAAUAUGGUCAUAAUGAAACUGAUCAACCAGCUUUCACUCAACCAUUAAUGUAUAAUAAGAUUGCUGAAAAGAAAUCUGUAUUAGAAUAUUAUACUCAACAAUUAAUUAAAGAAGAAUCAUUUUCUAAAGAAGAUGUUGAAGAACAUAAAAAAUGGGUUUGGAAUACUUUAGAAGAAUCAUUUACUAAAUCUAAAGAAUAUCAACCAACUUCAAGAGAAUGGUUAACUACUCCAUGGGAAGAUUUUAAAUCUCCAAAAGAAUUAGCUACUGAAGUAUUAGCUCAUUUACCAACUGCUGUUGAUGAAGAAAUUUUAAAGAAGAUUGGUAAUACUAUAUCAGAAGCUCCAAAAGGAUUUGAAAUUCAUAGAAAUUUAAAGAGAAUUUUAAAUACUAGAAAGAAGACUGUUGAAACUGGUGAAGGUAUUGAUUGGGCAACUGGUGAAGCUUUAGCUUUUGGUUCAUUAGCUUUAGAAGGUUAUCAUGUUAGAAUUUCUGGUCAAGAUGUUGAAAGAGGUACUUUCUCUCAACGUCAUGCUGUUUUACAUGAUCAAUCAUCUGAACAAACUUAUACUCCAUUACAACAUUUAUCUGAAGAUCAAGGUAAAUUUGAUAUUUCAAAUUCAUCAUUAUCAGAAUAUGGUGUUUUAGGAUUUGAAUAUGGUUAUUCAUUAACUUCUCCUGAUGCUUUAGUUCAAUGGGAAGCUCAAUUUGGUGAUUUUGCUAAUACUGGUCAAGUUAUUAUUGAUCAAUUUAUUGCUGCUGCUGAAUCUAAAUGGAAACAAAGAUCUGGUUUAGUUGUUUCAUUACCUCAUGGUUAUGAUGGUCAAGGUCCAGAACAUUCAUCUGGUAGAAUUGAAAGAUAUUUACAAUUAUGUAAUGAAGAUCAAAGAUUUUUCCCAGCUCCAGAAAAAUUAGAAAGACAACAUCAAGAUGCUAAUAUGCAAAUUGCUUAUCCUACUACUCCAGCCAAUAUUUUCCAUUUAUUAAGAAGACAAAUGCAUAGACAAUUUAGAAAACCAUUAGUAUUAUUCUUUUCUAAAUCUUUAUUAAGACAUCCAUUAGCUAGAUCUGACUUAAGUGAAUUUACUGGAGAAUCUCAUUUCCAAUGGAUUAUUGAUGAUGUUGAAUUAGGUAGAUCUAUUAGUGCUAAAGAUGGUAUUAAGAGAUUAGUAUUUGCUACUGGUCAAGUUUAUGCUGCUUUACAUAAAAAGAGAGCUACUAUUGAAGAUAAACAUACUGCUAUUAUUAGAAUUGAACAAAUACAUCCAUUCCCAUUUGCUCAAUUAAGAGAUCUUAUUGACUCUUAUCCAAAUGUUGAUGAUUUAGUUUUCUGUCAAGAAGAACCAUUAAACAUGGGUACUUAUUCAUUUGUAGCUCCAAGAUUAGCUACUACCUUAAAGGAAACUGCCAGACAUAAAGAUUCUGAGGUUAGAUAUGCUGGUAGAGAUCCAUCUGCAUCAGUUGCUGCUGGUUCUAAAGCCAUGCAUAUUGCUGAAGAAGAAGCUUUCUUAAAGGAUGUUUUCCAACAAUAAGUUGAGACAAAGUGAGAGGAAUAGUCGUUUCGUGCAUACCAAAAAUUUAAAAAUUUUAAAAACUCCUUUAAAAAAAAAAUAUUUAUAUAUAUCAUCAUUAAGUUAUAAUGAUUGAUUUUUCUUUAUAUUAGAUUUUGCUUUCUUGUCCAUUUUUUUAACUUUAUAUAUACAUCCUUUUAAUAAUAUUCAUAUCAUUGUUUUAUAUGGUUUAGA